AAAAUGUAGAUAAAAGGCUAUUUUCCAAAAAAAAAAGCUAUCUAUCCUUAGGUUAUUUACAUUUUUAUGCUUAAAAUCCAGCUAACUAUCUAAUGUUAGAAGGAUCUUUGCUUUUUUGUGGAAAAAAAGAACGAAAAAUGGAACCAAGAUCAGAUCUUUGACUAGAACCCCAGUUAUAGCUGAAGAGACGCAUGAUGCCGCCACCACCAUGCUUCAAUAAAACAGGAUAUAAUGUACUGAGAAUGCUGCAGUAACGGAACAUGAAAGAAGGACACUGUCAAUUGUUUCCCUCUCUUUUUUUCUCCACAAGAAGAUUAAAAGAUAUUGGGGAAGCUAUUAGUUUAAAAUGAUAUUCUAAAAAAUAUAUAGAUUUUAGGCAAAUGCAAUGAAACACGCACACGUCCAGCAGUGCUACAUUUAAAAAGAAUCCCAUUAUGCCAGCUAUGUUUAUAUAUGGUUUUAUAAGGAUGGAGAUCGCUCUCUCUCUCUCUCUCCUCACACUCUUUCUCACUUUCUCUCUCUCUCUCUCUCUCUCUCUCUCUCUCUUUCUCCCCCCUUCCUGAUUUACGUUACCCAAUAUGCUUUGCCUUGUGUGACAUUUUAUUUCUCCCUCGUGGCUCCUUCUGUGUGAUGGACCAAUGAACCCGUCCCCUUCGGAGAGAUCAAUGUUCUAUCGCUUCUUCGGAGCAAUAGAGGAAGUGCUGAUUGGCUGGCGAUGCCGAGGACUGGUGUUUUUUUAUUGAUGGUGUACCGGCUUGAUUGCUGCAGACUGAGGAAGUAGGAUACAUAUGGGUUUAUACAUGAGUGGACAAAUCAUAAAUGCAUUAGCUAACUCACCGGGAAAGUAAGAGCUCUAAUGUGUUUGUCCAGUAUCGUUUUUUUUUUAUUUAUAAUUGCCCAGAAACCUAACAUAACCGUAAUAAAGUAUGGCGAGCUAGUUCGCUAGAUAAGUGCAUUAAUUGAGCGAUAUGAUAUGAUCGUCGAAAGGCGGGUUUGGCGUUGAGAUUUGGAUUUCCAGUGACUCAGGACGCCACUGAGGUACAUUAAACUGUCUGUCAUGUUUGAGACGACUUUAUGACAUGGAGCAUUAUCAUGCUGGAAGUAGUCAUUAUAUAUCAAAAGGUAAAUUGCCAUUUUGUAUGCCGAGUAAACAUUCCCCGCACCAUUACGCAACCCCCACCAGCCUGAACCAUUGAUACAAGGCAGCAUGGGUCCUUGCAGUUGGUGCAAAAUUCCGACCCUGCGUGGGAUCAGCACUGGGAUUUGCUGUUCUUAUUGUUAUUAUUAUUAUUAUUAUUAUUGUGUUUGUAUUGAUUCUUUAUAUCCGAAUACAGUCUUUAGGAAACUUUACUGAUUCAUACUGAAUGCUUUGCCGUUUUUCAGUUGCGUGCCUCAGAUUGCGUGUUCUGUUCAGACUCAGUAUCAACGUCUCGGGUGAUCAGAUCUCAAGUGGACAUCGGUGUCUGAUAGCUGUUCACACCUGGUAUUUUCACGUGUCUGGAAUGCGUCUUCAGUGAUCGCAUUUCGUCACUAGCAGGGUUGCCAAAUCUGCUGAAAGAACCCAUGUCACUUCAAAUCAAGACCAAAAUAAUAUCCAAAUAUACAAAGAAAUACAAAGAAGACCUCCUUGCUGAUGUCCUGAUUUACAUUAAGCUCCGCCCACACUGACCAGCCCCAGUCCAGCUGUGUUUCUGCACGGUUCCUGUCUCUUCCUCUUCCUCGCUCUGAAACAGAGCCGUCUCAUCACUCUCUCUGCCGGUAAAUAAAGGUUAAUGAUACGCUCUUUGUAUCAGCGUGAGCAGUGGAGUGGACCUGUUGUGACAAAAAGUUUACGCUGCUUCAGGAUGUGUGGUGACAGAAAAAUGGCCGACGUGCAGAGCCACAUCCAGAGCGCUCGCCUGCCUGCUUUUUUUAUUUUCCAGGAUGAGUUCCAGUUUAAAAAAAAAAACAACAGAAAAAACAAAUCAGCAAUUACAACGCAUGUGUUAAGUGUGUUAAGUGUGUGUGUGUGUGUGUGUUGCAUUGAGGUGUGUGUAUUGAUUCAUCUCAUCACACUCAAUGCUACAGAACCAGUUGACCGAUUACAGGGUGCGGUAACCAUGGCAACCGGACAGGAGCCUCAUUUUCAUUGACGGUGACAAACCAAUGUUGGGCUAAUGAACACACUCUGUCUCCGUCUCUCUUUCUCUCUCUCUCUCUCUCUCUCUCUCUCUCUCUCUCUUCUGUUUUUUAGCAUUGCUCUUGCUCUCUAUUUCUGUCUCUAUCUGUUGUUUUUCUUUCUCUCUCCCCUCUUUCUCUGUCUCGUUCUCUAUCGUUUGUCUGUUUGCUGUUUUCCUCGGUCUCAGUACCAUCUGCUCUCCAUGUGUUUACUGUUUGCUGAUUUCACUCUCUUGUAAAUUGGUGCAUCUUAUCCUCUUUCCUCCUUCACUCUUUCUCUCCUAUAUAUUUUUUCGUGGCCGAUACGUACAGCCUGGUCUUUAUGAUGUAGUAUUGAUUAGGGGUGGGAUGCUGUACCAGGAAUUUCUCACUCAUGAUUCCAUGAUUCAUUUUUCCGGUUUCCUGUUCCCCAAAACAUUCCAGCAGGUGGGUUGGCUACGCGUGGUAAAUGUGUGUGUGAACUGGCAUCCCAUCCAGCCAUCCAGGGUGUGUUUCUGCCUCGCACCCAAUGAUCCCGGGAUAGACUCCGGAUCCACCAUGACCCUGGCCCAGGAUACAGCGCUUACUGAAGACAUAUAUAUAUAUAUAUUUAUAAUUCAUCACUUAAAUCCUGAGCAACUCAUAACUGCUAUUUAGUAUAAAACUUUAAUCAUGUUAGAGUGCCACGAGUGCAGUGCGUCCUCCAAAAUGUCAAAUAUUAACAGCUGGUUACAAAAUUCAUCCUGGAAAUUUCUGUUUGUUUUGCCGAUAAGCUGGAAAUUGAUUUUGAUAACCGUGUUGUCUGUGUAACGCGUCACGCGCAGGCUGCAGCUGUGACUCACUCGCCCUGUUCGUUUACUGCAUACGUUUUAGCCAAACUAGUCUUUUCUUUAAAAAAAAUGUAGCUAGCUACAUGUUACAUGCUACUACAAAAAGUAGCUAACACAUCUAACAAGAUUGUUAUCGUUAUCAUCAUCAUCAUCGGGUUUGCUCCAUUAUUCUUGGGCAGUGAUGCCGGGCAUGGUGAUGUUUCGGCGGCGCUGGUCAGUUGGCAGUGAUGACCUGGUGCUGCCCGCUCUCUUCCUCUUCAUACUGCACUGCAUAUGGCUGGUGGUGCUCUCUGUGGUACUGUUCGGCCUCCCGUACGGCUCAGAUCAGUCAUGCUCCGUCACGCUGGUGGACCACGGCCGCGGCUACAUGGGCAUCCUGAUCAGCUGCCUGAUCUGUGAGAGCGCCAUCAUGUGGCUGAGCAUGAGAGGCAGCAUCCUGUACACGCAGCCCCGAGAGGCCGUGCAGUACGUGCUCUAUAUACGGCUCGCCAUCCUGCUGGUAGAGUUGGUGUAUGCGGUGGUGGGGAUCGCCUGGCUGGUGCAGUACUACCAACCCUGUUCCGACAUCACGGCCAAAAACCUCGCCCUUGGUAUUGUGGUGUGUAACUGGUUAGUGAUCUUCAGUGUGUGUUUCACCAUGAUGUGCACCUUUGACCCCACGGGAAGAACCUUCGUCAAACUGAAAGCCACACGCCGCCGCCAGCGCAACCUAACAACAUACACACUCAGACACAGAUUAGAGGAGGGUCAAGCCAGCAGCUGGAGUAGGAGACUCAGGUUCUUUAUGUGCUGCACCAGAGCUAAAGACACACAAUCUGACGCCUACUCGGAAGUGGCGAGCCUCUUUGCCGAGUUCUUCAGGGAUCUGGACAUCGUACCCAGUGACAUCAUCGCUGGCCUGGUGCUGCUCCGGCAGCGACAGAGAGCUAAGAGAUCCGCCAUCUUGGACCAGCCAAACAAUGACAUUUUAGCCUUCCUGUCUGGGAUGCCGGUAACACGUAGUACCCGCUAUCUGGAUCUCAAAAACUCGACGGAGAUGGCCAUGUAUAAGGAGGUGUGUUAUUACAUGCUGUUUGCCAUGGCGGCGUACGGCUGGCCCAUGUACCUGCUCAGGAAUGCCACCUGUGGCGUCUGCAGGCUGCUCAGCUCCUGCACCUGUACGUCCGGCUCCAGGUCCCGUCUCUCUCAGUCUGUAACAGUAGAGGAGGACAACUGUUGCGGCUGUAACGUCCUUGCAAUCCGGCGCCAGUUUUUGGACCGGGACCUUAAACAGGUUCAGAUCGUCUACACGUCCUGCCAUGAUGCGGUCUACGAGACGCCUUUCUAUGUAGCAGUAGAUCACGGCAAGAAGAAAGUUGUCAUCAGCAUCCGAGGAACGCUGUCGCCUAAAGAUGCUCUGACUGAUCUCACUGGAGAUUCGGAGCGGUUGCCUGUGGAGGAACAUCACGGUGUCUGGCUUGGGCAUAAGGGAAUGGUUUACUCAGCAGAAUACAUUAAGAAGAAACUGGAACAGGAGAUGAUUCUGUCUCAAGCUUUUGGAAGAGAUUUGAGUAAAGGAACCAUGCACUACGGCCUGGUGAUCGUGGGUCACUCUCUAGGCGCCGGCACUGCUGCCAUCCUGUCCUUCCUGCUCCGUCCGCAGUAUCCCACGCUGCGCUGCUACGCUUACUCUCCGCCUGGAGGCCUGCUCAGCGAGGAUGCGAUGGAGUACUCGAAAGAGUUUGUCACCUCAGUGGUGUUGGGGAAAGAUCUCGUCCCCAGGAUCGGCCUCUCUCAGCUGGAGGGAUUCCGUCGGCACCUGCUGGAAGUCCUGCAGAAAAGCGAUAAGCCAAAGUGGAGGAUCAUCAUAGGAGGCACUAAGUGUAUCCCUAAGACAGAGCUGCCUUUAGAGGACGAUCCUCCCUCUCAGGGCGUGACUCCGUCCACCUCCCGGCUGUGUCUCCACCCCAGUGACCUGAGCAUCGCCCUUUCCGCGUCCACGCCGCUCUACCUGCCCGGACGCAUCAUCCACGUCGUGCACAACCAUCCACCUGAAACCUGCUGUGGUCAGGAGGAGCCCACCUACUCGGCUCUUUGGGGUGACAACAAAGCCUUUGAUGAGGUUAUCAUCUCCCCAGCCAUGCUGAAUGAGCACAUGCCGCACGUGGUGUUGGAUGGCCUCAAUAAGGUUUUGGAAAACUACAAUAAGGGCAAGACGGCUCUUCUGUCUGCUGCUAAAAUCAUGGUUAGCCCAACAGAAGUGGACCUGAAUGCCGAGACCUACUUCCACGGAGUCUCCAACUCUCACGAGCCCACACCACAAACGCAACACCGCAGAAACAGCAGCGUCCGCUCCUGCGCUCGCUCCGAGAUCUCUCUGGAUGGUUUUUCGGAGUGCCCUCCUCCAGCCGUGCCUGUGGUGCUGAUGGGUGCUCGUGAGCGCUUGGCCCUGGAGCUGCGGGAGCGAAAGGCUCCGCUGGCUGUGAUGGAGAGCCUUUCGGAUGUCGACUCUGUCUACAGCAUGGACUCUCGGCGCUCUUCAGCUGCUUUCAGAGGCUCGCCGUGUCUUGGGACACUCCCUUUCCCCCUUGACGCCCCAAUUCCUGAGGAGAAUCCAUCCCUGAGCUCACGUACCGAGCUGAUUCAGGCCUCACCUGAGCGAGAACUUAUAGGCCAAACCGGGCCCUGCUGCCCCACGCCACCAGAACUCGCUUUACCUCCCAAUGAAAGCCACAGCCUCUCUCCCGAACUUGUGGUACCUUCUAAUCAAGGCCGUACCCUCUCUCAAACCAACCGUGGUGGCCAUUUUCCUCGGUUUGCCCCCAAACAGAUCGGUGAGGGUCACCCAGGCCAGCAGAAGGUGCUCUUGCGUGCCAAAUCAGAGACUUUUGAAGCAUUUCAGAGGUCUAACAGCAAGGACUCAAGUCCUGUGGCACCUUGGACUGGCAUUAUAGAGGAAGAAUGCGGAGAGAAUCCAAAAAAUGAAGGUGUGAAGAAAGAGGAGAAGAAAACAAAAGAGAUCAGAGUGGCUCCACUGUCCAAUGGGAACACCAGUCAGGCAGUGCUGGAGUUUGCUCAGUAUCUGGAUUCCCUCUUCAAGCUAGACGGAAGCGACUCUCUGCCUCCGGACAAUUCUGACAAUGAAUCCGAAUCGGGACGUGGCUCCUCAGUUCAGACAGAAGAACAGCGCAUGGAGGACUUGGACAGCGAGCGGCAACUACUGGCCAGAGCCACACUCGAGCCCAAUCUCGUCCCUAAGCCACCUCGGACCUUCGCCGGCUCCGCUGAACCCUCGUCCGGCAUCUCUCUCUCUCCAUCAUUCCCUUUAUCCUCAUCUGGAGAGAUGAAUGACCUCUCGCCCGUCAAUCACACCGUGCUACGGACUUCCGCUGCUUCUCCUUACGCUGAAGAAAACACGUUAUCAUCCAUAGUGUAGUGAAACGUAGACUUCGGGAAAUCAGCUCUUUUUUUUGGUGUCUGUAUAUUUUACUUCCCUGUUUGUCCCCUCUUUAGCUCCUUCUCGACCGUAAGUGGUGGCAUGGGGGAAUUAUAUCUUUGCUUUAAAAAGAUGCAUGCGUAGCAACCUGUUCAAGACAUCCAGGCUGAGACCGCGGACUCACUGGAAGCGUUUUGAAAACCUCAUUUUGUACCAUCAUUGGACGUUUACACACUGAAUGCAGUCUACGUGCACUGUUACGACAGCCUGGGGCAUGGAUUUAUCAAAAUCGAGGACACAAUAUCAUGUCACGGGGAAGAAGCUUCACACAAACGACACAAAAUUCUCAUCAAGUCCAAUCUUAUGUUUACAUUUGCAUUAAUGCCACUGAACAAUACAUGUCUAAAGAUUUGCAGAUUUGCAGGGAACACGUUCGGAUGGUGAAAGGCGAUGGACAGAUGAGUUCCAGGUUCGCAGAUGGAGUGACAUUUCCUCAGGUCUUUUAAGAACAGAGAUGAAAGAAAGAUACUGAUUUCUAUGCUACACUUUUCAGAUUUCGGAUUGAAGAUUGUGUGACGUGUUUCACUGGGCAUGUGUAACGGGCAGCACUCACGAUCGCGCCCUUUGGAGUGUAGGGGCCAUUUUUUUUAUUUACAAUUGUUUUGGUGUGCAUGAGGAAAAUAAUGAAUGCUUAUUUAUAACUCUUUUUGACUCUUUUUUUUUUUUUUGUCAAUAUUACCCUGCCAAAUAUGUGUAGGAAAUGACCUAUGAACAAAAAAAAACAACAACAUGGAUUUAUUGAUAUUUUAUUUAUUGGUAUUUUUUUUCCACAUAUAUUUUGCCGUAUAAAUCCACUGACAUGGGGCAUGCACACCAAUCACAAAGUAACGGAACAAUUUUUUUUUUAUUUUAGGAGUCACAAUUCAAGAACGCGUAGCAGUAACUGGUCAUUUUAGGGACUCUCUCUCUCUCUCUCUCUUUCUCUUUCACUCUCAUAUCUGCAUUUUUAUCAUUUCUACUGCUGUUGCUAUGACUAUAAUACAUUACUUGGUGGUUUAACUUUAUGAAUAUUUUAGUAACUGUUACAGUGUGACUUGCCUUUUUCUAUUUUUUCUGAAUGAAGUGUUUUUCCGUUGGACCUGUUUUUUUUUUGUUUUUUUUUAAAUAAUAGCAGGAGUUCAUCUUGUGUCUGUAGGAACAGGAAAAGUACAGCAGUGCGACACACCGGGUGCUCAAACACACACACACACACACACAUUAGCCCUAGGUAGAUGACAAAGUGCACACUGCUACUGAAACUACUGCUAAACUUUCUGAAAGUAAGUACCCCCCGAACCCUCCAUUUUUCUUUAAGAUCUAUGACAGAAUAAUCUUAUAUUUUGUUUCAUUGCAAAUCUAAAUAAAAACUGAACAAAUUCUCACCUCUGCUCAGAUCGUUCGUACCCUCAGCGUCCACUGCUGUACUUCCUUCCUAAGUGAUCGUGAAUAGCUGUCUUUUUCACGUGAUUAUUUUAUGCAAGUAAAUCCCAUCUCGUUUUCAGUCUAACUAAAUAAAUAAUUGAUAAAGAAAUAUUCCACUUGGACAUUAUUAAGAAAAAUGGCUGUAUCCUGUACCAUAGUGAUGACUUUAUCUGAAAUCUAUAGCUAUAUGGAGUAUAUAUUAUAAGGGGGGGGGGGGGGGGGGAUUUUAUCUGUGCAUAUAAGCUGAUUUAUUAAAAGAAUCAGUAAUAGUAGCCAUUGAUCUUCAGAAGAAACACAUUUCUUUCUGUUGUUGCCAGAUAACUUGCCAGUACUUACUUUUCAUCAUGAAUGAGAAUGUAUUAAAAACCUGCCUGCAUACACACACACACACACACACACACAAAGUACCUUGCCUGUAAAAGAAUAAAACAAUACAGAUUUCAGACA